AUGCAGCAAUAUUCCCAGGGGAGUUUUCGCGGCAACUACCGUGGUGGCUCCGCGUUUCGAGGAAACCAGUUCGGCCAAGGCCGAGGUGGCUACAGAGGCAACAGCUUCAAAAGUGCUGCCCAGUGGACUUCCAACACUUCCAGUGCCGGCUCGCGACACCCGGAGGAUGUGAAGUCUCAGCAAUCGACCACCCCCGCUCAGAGCAACAAAUCAGAUGUUGGCGAUAAUGUAGACGUUGGCGAGAACCCUUUUCGCCCGUCCAAAGACCUACAAGUUGAGGACACAACACCCUCCGACAAGGCUAGUGAGAGCAAUGCUCCCCAUCCAAACAGGAUUCCUCCGUCCGGUCCGGCUGCUCAGUCUACAUCGUCGUCGUCGAAGUUCAGCUUUGCGUUUAAGGCAUCUGCAAAGCCCACUCCGACGGCGCCUAAGCCUGAGAUCUCGCAAAAGUUUAACGCCGUCCCUGCGAAGCGAGACGCUUCCCAACAGCGUGACUCCAAGGAUGGGGAUCGUGACCGUGAUCGUGACCGGGAACGGGAACGGGAGCGAGAGAGGGACCGUGAACGUGAUCGCGACCGCGAUCGUGAUCGGGAGCGAGAGAGAACAAGGGUCAAAGUUCGAGAGAGGGACAGAGAAGUUGACAGAGACAUUCUUCGGGGUGCUCCCACCGAGCCCGCUUCCGCCAGAGCUCGCCAGGAGCCGCGGCAUCCCCCUCCAGGCCCGCGGCAGCCGCCUGCUCCCAGAACACGAAAGAUCAAGAAGACCAUGAAGCGCUUAAAGCCAGGACCCAAGCUGCCCGCUGACCUGAUCAAGUCCGACUCGGUAUAUUUCCGCAAACCCGGAAAUGAGUCUGUUGUUGGCUCUGGCACGUAUGGCAAGGUCUUUAAGGCCUUGCACGUUUAUACGAAGGGGUUAGUAGCUUUGAAGCGCAUCCGCAUGGAAGGAGAAAGGGAUGGGUUUCCCGUUACUGCGGUUCGAGAGAUCAAGUUGCUCCAGUCGCUUCGACACACCAACAUCGUCCAGCUUCAAGAGGUCAUGGUCGAGAGGAACGACUGCUUCAUGGUUUUCGAAUACUUGUCUCAUGACCUGACGGGUAUCCUGAACCACCCGUCAUUCACUUUGGAUGCGGCCCAGAGAAAACACAUGGCAAUGCAGCUCUUCGACGGCCUCGACUACCUGCAUAAGAGGGGCGUUCUCCACCGGGACAUCAAAGCUGCUAACAUCCUUGUCAGUAGCGAUGGUAUUCUCAAGUUGGCGGAUUUUGGCCUGGCGCGCUUCUAUGCCAAGAGGCAUCAGCUGGAUUACACCAACCGAGUCAUCACAAUUUGGUAUCGCUCGCCGGAGCUGCUACUUGGUGAGACCCAGUACGGACCUGCUUGCGAUGUCUGGAGUGCUGCAUGCGUCAUGGUUGAGAUAUUCACCCGCCAUGCCAUCUUUCCGGGUGAUGGUAGCGAGAUCAACCAACUGGAUAAGAUCUAUGCGGUGAUGGGCACCCCGAACAAGGCGGAAUGGCCGGGGCUCGUCGACAUGCCGUGGUUCGAGCUGUUGCGUCCUGGGUAUCGACGUGCAAGCACCUUCGCCUCCAAAUACCAGGACAAGAUCCCAGCUGCCGCUUAUAGACUCUUGGCCGCCAUGUUUCGCUAUGACCCCGCAAAGAGGCCAUCGGCUGCAGAGGUUCUGGCGGAUGACUACUUCACCACCGAGGACCCUCCCCCGCGACAGGCUGUAGAGCUUGCCGACUUGGAUGGCGACUGGCACGAGUUCGAGUCCAAGGCGCUGCGACGCGAGAACGAGCGCAAGGAGAAAGAAGCGCGGCGCGCAGCCGCGUCAGCCAAAGAUAGCAGGUCCAGAGAUCGUAAGAGGGAACCCGAAGCUCACGAUGAUCGCGGUGACGCCAAGAGAAUCCACGUCGAGGGAAAGCCGACGGUUCCCACGGAGCGUCCGAGGGCCUAG